AUGGCAGCUAGUGCCCCUCGGUUUACUAAACCGCCAGCUAUUCGACAAUCACCCGAUGAUCCUACACGUCUCUAUUUCGAAUGUCAAGUUCAAGGAACGCCCAAGCCCGAUGUAACUUGGUUUCAAAAUGAUAAGAAACUCUUAACAACAUCAACUAAACAUAAACAAACAUUUAAUACUGCAACUGGAAAUAAUUACGAUGUUGUACUUGAAAUAACUGAUCUUGGUCCUAAUGAUGCUGGAACAUAUAAAAUUAUCGUUAAAAAUAAAGCUGGAGAAGUAACAGCUAAUGUUAAUCUUAAUUUUUCAAAUGAAGAUGAAUCUAAUGCAGCUCCAGCUGAAAAUUCGGCUGAAGGUACUGCACCAACAUUUAUUCAAAAACCAAUUAUUAAACAAGAAAAUGAUGGCAAGCGUUUAAUAUUUGAAUGUAAAAUUGCUGCCGAUCCUAAACCAGAUUUAUUUUGGUCACGGGAUGAUGUUCCAAUAAAUGAUUCAGGUCGUUAUUUAAUCUAUUGUGAUCCAUUACCGAACAAUUUAUAUGUUGCCUGUCUUGAAAUCGAUGAUGUUAAUGCAACUGAUGCUGGAAAAUAUAAAAUUUCAGCAAAGAAUAAAUUAGGAGAAAGCAAUGCACAUAUUCAAUUAAAUCUUGAUAAUCAAGAACAAAGUAGUGGUGUUGGUCGACCAUCAUUUACUGUAGCACCACAAGUACGAAUUUUUGAAGAAUCAAUACUUUUAGAAGGUCUAUGUACAGCAGAUCCAGUACCGAGUUUUACAUGGACACUUGAUGGAAAAGCUAUUAGUGCUGGAACAAAAUAUAGACAAGGAAUCUUAUCUGAAGGAAAUUCACAUAGAAUUUUUCUUGAAAUAUUACAAUUAAAUAAAAAAGAUACUGGUAUAUAUAAAUUGACAGCUAAAAAUGUCAAAGGUGAUGGUUCAGCUACUAUACAAUUAAAUAUUGAAGGAAUUGAUUUCAAAUUACCAGAGGGUCUUGCACCAUCGUUUCUUAAUAAGCCAUCAAUUAAACAAGAUGCUAAAACAGCUACGAUCCAAUUUGAUAUUGCCGCUGAUCCAAGUCCAUCAUUACAUUGGUUGAAAGAUGGAAAAGAAUUACUUAAUGUUGAUAAAAUUAUUGCACGUAUGACUCGAGCAGGAGGAAAUAAAUAUACCAUUUCACUUGAUAUUAAGAAUUUAGCUCAAACUGAUAGUGGUGUUUAUAAAUGUACCUUAUCAAAUGAACUUGGUACAGCUGUAGCUAAUAUUGUCAUUAAAGUUACUGGCGAUAAAGCUACUUUGGAGCAAUUAGAUAGAAUAGCUCCAGCAUUUGAAAAACCAAAAAUAGUGAAAGAUGCAAAACAAAAAUCAAUUAAAAUGGAAUGUCGUUGUCAAGGAAAACAAGAACCUAAAAUAACAUGGAAAAAAGAUAAAACCGAAAUAAAAGAUACAGCUAAUAAAUAUAAAAUCACUAAAACAAAAGAAGCUAAUGAUACAUAUAUAUUUAUUCUUGAAAUAUUAAAUGUUGCUGUAACUGAUACGGGUAUUUAUAAAAUCUUAGCUAAAAAUGAUGCUGGUGAUUCUCAAGCAUUACUUAAUUUAACAGUUGAUGCUGAAGCUGAACCACCGAAAGAUGAAGAAGAGAAAAAACCUAAACCAAAAGAAGUAAAUAGUAAUAAAAUGACAGCACCUGCUUUUACUGAUAAACCAAAGGAUAUCGUAGCUACGGAUGGUGAUAAAGUAUUAAUUCAAUGUAAAGUAACUGGUACACCAAAACCUGAAAUUACAUGGUUCUUUAAUAAAAAAGAAGUUAAACCAUCAGCUGAUUAUGUACAAGAAUAUGAUGGUACAACAGCUAAAUUAACAAUUCCUGAUGGUUAUGUUGAUGACAGUGGUGAUUGGAUGUGUGAAGCAUGGAAUGAAACUGGUGAAGCAACACAAAAUGUUCGUGUAACAAUUAAAGAAAAACGUGGUAAAGCAAAACGUGUAAGAAAACCACAACCAAAAACAGCUCCUAAGAAAGAUGAAGAACCAAGUAAAAAAGAUCAACGAAAACAAGCACUUGAACAACAAAAAGUUCAAGAAACUGCACCAGUAGUAGAAACUCCAGCACCAGUAGAAACUGCACCUACCAUAGAAACUCCACCCACUAAAGAAACUCCACCCACCAUAGAAACUCCACCUACAAUCGAAACACCACCUACAACUAAUGCUGAAGAAGAUGAUCGUCGUGUACCUGCGAUUCAAACUAAUGAAGCUGGAUAUGAAGAAGAAGGUCCACGUCGUGCUAAAACAACUGAUAAACCAGUUGAUAAACCUAAACGUGUAUCACAAUCAAAACUUGAUGUUAUAUCAGAAAAUUCAUCAAGUAUAUCAAAACCACGUGAACGUAAAAUACGUGGUCCACUUGAGCCACAUACAGAACCACUUGCACCUAUUUUUAUUGAAAAACCAGAAAAUACUAGUGCAAAAGAAGGACAAUCAACAUUUGUUGAAGUUGUUGUUGAUGGAAAUCCAUUUCCUAAAGUAACAUGGUAUAAAGGAAAAGUUGAAGUAGUUCAAGGUGUUAAGUUUACAACAGAAAUUGAUUCAACAACAGGUAUUGCUACAUUAUCUAUUGCAAAAUGUCGUGAAAAAGAUGAAUCACCAUAUGGUGUUACAAUAAAUAAUGAGCAUGGUGAAGCUCAUGCUGAAUUUCAUCUUUAUGUGAAAGCGGCGAAAGGUGAUGCAGCAGAUUUUCGUGAGAUAUUGAAACAUCGUGAUAAACAAAAGAAAAAAAUUGAAGAAGAAGAACGAGAACAAAUAAAUUUAAAACACGUUUCACCACAAAUUCGUACUGAUCAACCAGAAGAGACGGGUGCUGAUGAUAAUGGAACUGGUUCACGUCGUUCAAGUACAAUGGAUGAUCGAAGACCAUCACUUCGUCGUGUUGAUCAAGAAAGUUUACUUAAAGUUAGACGAGAUUCUAAAACACGUCGACCAUCAUUAGCUGAUGUUAUACCUGAUUGGCCUGCUUUACAUAAAGUUAAACGACCAGAGAAGGAAAAAGAAUCAUUUAUUGAACCAUUACAAGAUCUUAAAUGUAAAGAAGAAGAUGGAGAAAUUACAUUUCAAUGUACGUUUUGUAAAUCUAGUUCACGUCUACGAUGGCUUAAAAACAAAGUUGAAAUUUUUCAUGGUUUAAAAUAUCAUUUUGAUACAAAUGGAGCUAAACAAACAUUAACUAUUUAUAAAUUACAUCCUGAUGAUUCAGGAAAAUAUUUUUGUCGUGUAAAUGAUGUUGAAACUUCUGCAUGGCUUGAAGUUACACCUGCUAAACCAUUAUAUGAUUUUUAUAAAGAAUUACCAGCUAAAAUGGAAGUAUUUCGAACAAAACAAACUAUACUUGAAUGUCACGUUAAUGAUCCAAAUGCACCUGUUAAAUGGUUUAAAAAUGGAGUUCUUAUUGAUCUUGAAAAAGAUAAACGUAUCAAAUAUCAUCAAGAUAUGACACGAUGUAUAUUUCGAAUAUUUAAAACAACUAAAUCUGAUGAAGGUGAAUAUACAUGUCAAAUUGAUGAUGAUCGAGGUGUUAAAACUUCUGGUUAUCUUUAUGUCGAAGAACCACAAUGGCGUUUUGAAACAAAAUUACCUCUAACAUUAGAAGGUGAUGAAAAUGAUAAAAUUGAACUUGAAUGUAGUGUACAAGAUGAAGAUGCUGAAUGUGAUUGGUUUUUUGCUGGUGAUAAAAUUUUACCUAAUACAAAUCCUGAUAAAUAUGAAAUUAUAUCAUAUGGCAAAGUUCGAAAAUUAGUUGUUAAAAAAUUAAAUCCGAAUAAUGAUAAAGGAAAAUAUGAAUGUAAAACUGGUGUUAUGUCAACAGCAUGUGAAGUGGGUGUUCGACCUGCACUUCGUAUUGAACGAGGAUUAAAAGAUGUUGAUACAGUUGAAGAAGAAGAUAUUACAUUAGAAGUUGUCUUAUCAAAACCAGAUUCACGAGGAAAAUGGAUGAAAGAUGGAAAAAUUCUUUAUCCUGAUCAAAAAACGGUUAUGGUUAAUGAAGGUAAUAUUUGUCGAUUGAAAUUAAAAAGUGUUGGUCUUAAAGAUACUGGUGAAAUAUCGUUUCAAUGUGGUGAUGUUAGAGAUAGUUGCAGAAUUGUUGUUAAAGAAUGUGACAAACCACCACGUAUUGAUAUAUCACGAGUUCCAAAAUCUGUUACUGUUAAAGCUGGUCGACCACUUGAACUUGAAAUUCCUUAUGAUGCUUUUCCAGCACCUGCUAUGGUUUGGACAAAAGAUGGAAAAACAGUUCAAUCUAGUGAUGAUUCUCCAUGUCAAACAGCUAUAGAUUCAAAGAAAUGCAAAUUAAAUAUUGAAAAGACAAAACGAGGUGAUACAGGCAAAUAUGAAUUAACAUUAAGAAAUGCUAAAGGCGAAGUUAAAGUUCCAAUUGAUGUUACUGUUAUUGAUCGACCUGGUAAACCUGAAGGUCCAAUGAAAGUAACCGAUGUAACCAAAGAAACUUGUGUUGUUUCUUGGAAACCUCCAUUGGAUAAUGGUGGAUGUACUAUUGACAGAUAUGAAAUCGAAAAACAAGAUGUUGGACGUGGUGGUUGGGUACCAGCUGGUGAAGUUAAUGGUGAUACAACAUCAUUACGUGUAACUAAAUUAGUAGCAGGAAAAGAAUAUCUAUUUCGUGUACGUGCUAUUAAUAAAGAAGGUGAAAGUGAACCAUUAGAAACAGCUGCUGCAACAUUAGCUAAAAAUCCAUUUGAUGAACCAACAGCACCUGGUCAACCCGAUAUAUUCGAUUGGGAUCAAAAUCACGUUGAUCUUCAAUGGAAAACUCCGGACAGUGAUGGUGGUGCACCCAUUGAAAGAUAUGUUAUUGAACGUCGAGAAAAAGGACGUGAUCAAUGGCAAAAAGGUGCUGAAAUUGAUGGUAAUCAAAAUAAAGGUGCUUGUAGUGGUUUAUCUGAAGGAAAAGAAUAUGAAUUUCGUGUUGUUGCUCUCAAUAAAGCUGGUCCAUCCGAACCUAGUGAACCAUCAAAAGCAAUCAUUGCUAAACCACGUUUCUUAAAACCACGUAUCAAUAAAGUUGGUCUUAAAUCAAUUACAGUUAAACAAGGUCAAACAAUAACAUUAGAAGCUCCAUAUGCAGCUGAACCAUUACCAACAAUGACUUGGCAACGAGAAUCAACUGAACUUAAACCAGAUGAUCGUACACAAAUGACACAAACCGAUAAAUUAGCUAAACUUGUUAUUACAAAAUCUGUUCGAGCCGAUACUGGUCGAUACUUAAUACGUUUAGUUAAUGAUUCAGGAAGUGAAACAGCUGAUUGUGAAGUUAUUGUUCUUGGUCCACCAUCGAAACCACGUGGUCCAUUAGAAGUUAAAGGUGUUACAAAAUCAAGUGUAACACUUGCUUGGUCACCACCAAAAGACAAUGGUGGAAAAGAUAUUACAAAUUAUAUUGUCGAAAAACGAGAUAAAAAAAGUGGUGAUUGGGUACGUUGUAAUGAUUCUGUUGAUGGUACAGAAGUAACAAUAACAAAAUUAAAAGAAGGACAUGAAUAUGAAUUUCGUGUUAUGGCUGAAAAUGCUAAUGGUGUUUCAGAACCAUUAAUAACUGAUAAAGGUGUUCUUGUUAAAAAUCCAUUUACUGAACCCGGUCAACCAGGUACACCUGAAUGUGUAUCACGUGAUCGUGAACAUAUUGAAGUUAAAUGGACACCACCAAGAAAUGAUGGUGGUAAUCCAGUUAAAGGUUAUAUUGUUGAACGAAGAGAGAAAGCUGGCAAACGACGAGAAUGGACGAAAAUUAAUCGUAGUGAUCUUCAUAAAGAUACGAAUUUUGUCGAUGAAAAUGUUACAGCCAAUAAAGAAUAUGAAUAUCGUGUUUCAGCUGUUAAUGAAGCUGGUCCAGGUGAACCAAGUGAAUCAUCUGGUAGUAUUCCUGCUAAACCUGAAAAAGAAAAACCAUCAUUUGAUUUAAGUGGAUUAUUUGGUCCACUUGGUAAAAAAGAAAUACGUAUUAAAGCUGGUGAACCAUUAACUAUUGAUUUACCAAUUAAUGGAUCACCUACACCAACAAUAACUUGGACAAAAGAUAGUGAAUCUGUUCAAGUAACACGAGAUACACAACUUGAAAGUGAUGAUGUUCAUGCUAAAUUACAUAAACCAUCAUCAAAACGUACUGAUACAGGAAAAUAUAAAGUUCAAUUGAAAAAUGAUUCGGGUGAAGAUGAAUGUGAUAUUGAUGUUAUUGUAUUAGAUAAACCAGGUAUACCAGAAGGUCCAUUAGAAACAACUGAAACAACGAAAGAUAGUGUUUCACUUCAAUGGAAACCACCUAAAGAUAAUGGUGGUGCUGAUGUAACAGGUUAUAUUAUUGAAAAAUGUCCGGAAAAUUCUGAUAAAUGGGAAAAAGUUCCGGGUGUAUUUUCACAACCAAAAGGAACUAUUAAAGAUUUAGAAACAAACAAAAAAUUUAAAUUUCGUGUUAAAGCUGAAAAUAUUUAUGGUGUUGGUGAACCAUUAGAAACAACAUCACUUAUAACUGUUAAACCACCAUAUGAUGCACCUGAUGCACCUGAAACACCUGAAAUCACUGAAUAUAAUUCAACAUAUAUGAAACUUAAAUGGGAAAAACCGAAAAAAGAUGGUGGAAAUCCAAUUAUUGGUUAUAAUGUUGAAAUGCGUCCAAAAGGUAGUAACAAUUGGGUACCAUGCAAUAGUGUACCAACAAAAGGUACUGAAUAUAUGGCAAGUGGUUUACGUGAAGGACAAGUAUAUGAAUUUCGUGUUGCUGCUGUUAAUGGUGCUGGACCAGGAACACCAUCAAAACCAACACGAGCACAAAAAGCUGAAGUACCUAUAUAUGCAGCUGAUGCACCUGAUCAACCAAAAGUUGAAAAAACAACAAAAGAUUCUGUAACACUUUCAUGGAAAAAACCAGUUAAUGAUGGUGGAAGUCGUAUAACUGGUUAUGUUAUUGAAAAACGUACACCGGAUAGUCGUGAUUGGGUUGAUGUUGUUGAAUUACCAGGUCGUGAUCAUUCAUAUACAAUUCCAAAUUUAAAAGAAGGUGAUGAAGUUUCAUUUCGUAUUCGUGCUGUUAAUGCAGUUGGUCCUAGUGAACCAAGUCAACCAACAGAUGCAAUUAUUGUUCAAGAUCAACCAGAUAAACCAUCAUUUCUUGAUCUACAUGGUAUUAAAGAUAUAACAGUUCGAGCAGGUAAAGAUUUUGAAGUACAUAUACCAUAUAAAGCUACACCAAAAGCACAAGCACAAUGGUUAGUUAAUGAUCAAGAAUUAGUUAAUGAUGAUCGUGUUAAUAUUAAAACACUUGAAAAUGUUGCAACAUUACUUAAUCGUAAAUCUGAACGAGGAGAUUCGGGUAUAUAUAAAUUAGUAUUAAAAAAUACGGAAGGUGCUAGUCAAAUUCAAUUUCGUGUUAAUGUUCUUUCACCACCAACAAAACCAGAAGGUCCACUUGAAGCAACUAAUGUUACUGCUGAAGGAUGUACAUUAAGCUGGAAACCACCGAAAGAUGAUGGUGGUAGUGAUAUAAAACACUAUGUUGUCGAACGUCGUGAACCUGGAACAGAUAAAUGGGUCAAAGUUGGUCCAUCUGUAACAGGCACAACAUAUGAUGUUAAAGGUUUAGAAGAUGGCAAAAAUUAUGAAUUUCGUGUAGCUGCUGAAAAUGAUAAUGGUCUUUCAGAACCAUUAGUUAUUGAUACACCAGUUAAAGCUAAAUGGCCAUUUAAAACACCUGAAGCACCAGGUACACCUGAAUGUAUUGGUCAUACAAGUGAUUCAAUAACAUUACAAUGGACACGACCACAAAAUGAUGGUGGAAAUCCAAUACGUGGUUAUGCUAUUGAAAAGAAAGAAAAAGGAACUGAUCGAUGGAUACCUGUUAAUCGUGAACCAAUACCAAGUGUUGAAUAUACAGUACCAGGUCUUGUUGAUGGAAAAGAAUAUGAAUUUCGUGUUGCUGCUGUUAAUAGAGCUGGUCCAGGAGAUUUUGCUAAAACUGAUGGAUUUAUUCAAGCACGUCCACCUGAUGUAGCACCACAUGCUAUUGGGUUUAGUACAUUUAAUCCAAGAGAAAUAAUUGUACGUGCUGGUGAAGAUCUUAAAAUUUCUGUACCAUUUGUUGGUUCACCAGCACCAGAAGUUACAUUUACUAAACAAGGUGAUGAAAUAAAACCUGAUGAAAAUAUUCGUAUAACUGUUAAAGAUGGUGUUGCUGAAUUAUUUGUACCUAAAGUAAAAGGUACUGAUACUGGUCUUUAUACAUGUACAUUAAAAAAUUCUCUUGGACAAGAAACUGUACCAAUGAAAGUUAUUGUUGUUGAUAAACCAGAUACACCAGAAGGACCAUUAGCAAUUUCUGACGUACGACCAGAUUCAUGUGUCUUAACAUGGAAACCACCUAAAAAUGAUGGUGGUUCACCAAUAAGUAAUUAUAUUAUCGAAAAACUUGAUACGAAAAAAGGUGAUUGGCAAAAAGUAUCAAGUUUCUGUCGUGUACCAUUUUAUGAAGUAACUGGAUUAAAUGAAGGUUCAGAAUAUAAAUUUCGUGUAUCGGCUGAAAAUAUUUAUGGACAAAGUACACCAUUAGAAUGUGAAAAACCAAUUAUUGCCAAACAUCCAUUUAAUGCACCACAAGGUCCAUCAAAUGUUGAUGUUGCUAAUCAAACUGAAACUUCUGUAACAUUAAAAUGGGAUAAACCAAAAAAUGAUGGUGGUUCAAAAAUAACAGCUUAUCAAAUUGAAAUAAAAAGACCUGAUAGUGAUGUAUGGGAAAUUGCAAAUGAUUAUCCAAUUAAAGGAAAUGAUUUUACUAUUGAUAAUCUUCAAACUGGUAAAAAAUAUGAAUUUCGUGUUAAAGCUAAAAAUGCUGCCGGAUGGGGAGAUUAUACUGUACUUGAUCAUGCAAUUACACUUAAACCUGAUUGUGUUGCACCUUCAUCGCCGGGUAUGCCUGAAGUGAAAAAAGUUGGUAAAAAUUAUAUUGAAUUAGCUUGGACACCACCAACAACUGAUGGUGGUUCAAAAAUAGUUGGUUAUAUUGUUGAAAAGAAACCUAUUGGAACUGAACAAUGGACAAAAGCUGCACCAUAUAUGGUACUUGAUGAUAAUGUUAUGAUAAAUGACUUACCAGAAAAUGGUGAAUUUGAAUUUCGUGUUAAAGCAGUUAAUAAAGCAGGUGAAGGUGAACCAAGUUCAACAACUGGUCGUGUUAAAAUAACUGAAUAUCCAAAUGGACGAGCACCAACAUUUGUUAAAAAAAUAACUGAUACAAGUGCACCAUUGAAUGGUGAAGCAACAUUUACAGUUGAAUUUGAUGGUAGUCCUAUGCCUGAACCUAAAUGGUUUCGUAAUGGUUUAGAAUUAGCAUCAGGUGGCCGUUAUCGUAUUAGUACAAAACCAAAUGAACCAAAAUCAACAUUAACAUUUACUGAAGCUUGGGAUAGUGAUAAUAAUUCUAAGAUUGUAUGUGAAAUUGUUAAUCCACUUGGAAAAGAUACUUGUGAAGCUGUUUUAAUUGUUAAAACACCACCAAAACUUCCUCGUGAACCAGAAGAUCAACGUGUUCCAUUGGGUGAAACAUUAAAAAUUAAAAUACCCAUUAAUGGCAAAGGUCCAUUUACAUUUAAAAUAAAAAAAGAUGAUGAACCAUUAGCUGAUAGUGAUCGAGUACGUGUUCAAGAAUUUGAUGAUUUUAUUGUUGUUACAAUACCUGAUAUUGAACGUGAUGAUGCUGGAAAAUAUUUAAUUAAUGUUGCUAAUGAAUCAGGUUCAUGUAAUGUACCAUUAAAAGUUAAAGUUAUUGCACCACCACUACCUCCAACUGGUCCACUUGAAGUAUCAAAUGUAUCAAAAGAUCGUGCAACACUUUCAUGGAAACCACCGAAAGAUGAUGGUGGAAGUCGAGUAACAGGUUAUAUUGUUGAACGACGUGAUACAUCAAAAGGUUCUGAUGCUUGGAUACCUGUUACACAAGCAUGUAAAGAAACAACAUUUACUGUUCCAUCAUUACUUGAUGGACAUGAAUAUGAAUUUCGUGUUAUGGCUAUUAAUGAAAAUGGUGUUAGUGAACCAUUACGUACAUCAUCACCAGUUGUUGCUAAACUUCCAUUUAAACAACCGGGUGCACCAGGACAACCACAAAUUAAUGAAAUAACAAAUAGUAGUAUAGCACUUACUUGGGAUAAACCAAGUUCAGAUGGAGGUGGCCCAGUAACUGGUUAUUAUAUUGAAAAACGUGAAGAAAAUACUGAUAAAUGGAUUCCAGUAAAUAUGUCACCAUGUCAAUCAACACAUUUAACCGUUCCAUCAUUACUUGAAGAUCAUGUUUAUGAAUUUCGUGUUAUUGCUGAAAAUGAAGCUGGAAAAGGAACACCAUCUGAACCAUCGAAAUCAACAAAAGUUAAAGAUCCAAAUACAUCAACUUCACCAGAAUUUCUUAAAAAAUUAAGAGAUACUGAAGGUAAUGAAGGUAAAACAAUUCGUUUAGAAGCUGAAGUUAUUGGAACACCAAAACCAGAUAUUGAAUGGUACAAAGGUACUAAAGAAUUAUCUGAUGGUCCUAAAUACAGUAUUAAACGUGAAGGCGAUACAUGUACAUUGGUUAUAAAUAAUGUCACACCCGAUGAUGUUGAUGAAUAUAGUAUUAAAGCACGAAAUAAAGGUGGUUCAAGAAUGUGCCGUUGUAAUGUAAACGUUCGAUCACCACCAAGAUUUCGUUUACCACCAAAAUAUCAAGAUGUACUUAAUUAUGAUAAAGGUGAACCAAUUGUUAUUAAAAUACCUUAUACUGGAAGUCCAUUACCAAAUGUAACAUUAACAAAAGAUGGACAAGAUCUAACAAAAGAUAAAAAUGUAUCAAUUGAUGUUAGUGAUCGUGCUAUUACAUUAACUAUUCGAAAUACAGAUAAAAAUACUACUGGACCAUAUACAAUAAAAUUAGAUAAUAAUUUAGGUGAAGAUGAAGCUACAUUACGUAUUCAUGUAUCAGAUGUACCUGGUGCUCCACGUGAUGUAAAAGUUGAUUCAGUUAUGGAUGAUUCAGUUGCAUUAUCAUGGCAUGCACCAGAAGAUGAUGGUGGUAGUUAUAUAACACAUUAUCUUGUUGAAAAACUUGAUCCUGAUACGGGCAAAUGGGUUAAAGCAGCAACAAGUCGAUUUCCACGUUGUACUGUUGAAAAUUUAAUACCAAAUAAACAAUAUCAAUUUCGUAUUUUUGCUGAAAAUGUUUUUGGUGCUGGCGAACCAUCAGAACCAACAAAACCUGUUCAAACUACUGAAUCGGAUGAAAAUCGUAGACGACGUUUAGGCAAAGAUGAUGAUUUAUCACGACGACGAAAUAAAGAUUUACCUAAAUUGGAUAAUUAUGAUCGAUGCUUCUGGGAUAUUUGGGAUAAAGGCCGACAACCACAACGAGCUACACUUAAACAUGGAAGUAUCUAUGAUUAUUAUGAUAUUCUUGAAGAAAUUGGACGUGGUGCAUUUGGUGUUGUUCAUCGUUGUAUUGAAAAAGCUACCGGAAAAACUUAUGCAGCUAAAUUUAUUCCAACAUUAACACCAGCUGAUAAAGCAACAGUUCGUAGUGAAAUUGAAGUUAUGUCAGAAUUAAAUCAUCCAAAAUUACUUCAUUUACAUGAUGCAUUUGAAGAAGAUGUUGAAAUGGCUAUGGUUACUGAAUUUGUUGCUGGUGGUGAAUUAUUUGAUCGUAUUGCUGAUCCAAAUUAUAAAAUGACAGAAGCUGAAGCUAUUAAAUAUAUGAGACAAAUAUGUCAAGGUCUUCAACAUAUGCAUGAAAAUAAUAUUGUUCAUUUAGAUUUAAAACCGGAAAAUAUUAUGUGUGAAACAAAAACAAGUACAAAUGUCAAAAUUUGUGAUUUUGGUUUAGCAACAAAACUUGAUCCAAAUGAAGUUGUUAAAGUUAGUGCAGCUACAGUUGAAUUUGCUGCACCUGAAAUUGUUGAACAUGAUGCUGUUGGAUUUUAUACAGAUAUGUGGGCUGCCGGUGUUCUUACAUAUGUUAUUUUAAGUGGUUUAUCACCAUUUGGUGGUCAAGAUGAUAAUGAAACAAUGGAUAAUAUACGUAAAUGUAAUCUACGUUUUCCAAAUGAAGUAUUUGGCGGUAUUUCUGAAGAAGGAAAAGAUUUUAUGCAAAAACUUUUAUUAAAAAAUCGAAAUGCUCGAAUGACAAUUCAUGAAGCCUUAGAUCAUCCAUGGUUACGUGAAGAUCGUCCUGAACUUGAUUCACGUAUACCAUCAAGUAGAUUUGAUGAUAUUCGUCGACGUAUUCGAGAACGAUAUGCUGGAUAUCCAGAUCCUAUUAUUGGUCUCGGCCGUAUGGCUCAUUGGAGUUCACUUAGAAAGAAUAGAGCACAAGAAUACAAUAUUUAUAGUAGCUUCUGGGAUCGCCGGGAAGCUGCCCCACGCUUUAUCAUCCGUCCUCAUAAUGCUCAUGUUUUAGAAGGUAAUAAUGCUGAAUUUGAUUGUCGUAUUAUUGCUGUCUCACCACCUGUUGUCUCUUGGUUCCGUGAUAAUGUUGAACUUCGUCAAUCAACAAAACAUCUUAAGAAAUACGAUAGAAAUAAUUAUAAACUUGAAGUUAAACGAUGUAUACCAGAUGAUAAAGGCGAAUAUGUUGUACGAGCAUCAAAUAGUUAUGGUGACAAAGAAUAUGCAGUCUUCUUGACAGUUGAACCUUUACCUGUAACAACCAUUAUUGAAUAUCAUGAAGUUAGUUAUUCACGACAUUUAACAUAUAAUGAAAUUGAUUUAUGGCAAGAACCUGAUUCUAAACCUGUAUUUUCAUUUAAUCUUCGACCACGUCUUAUUCAAGAAGGCAUUGGAUGUAAAUUAAUUUGUUGUGUUAAUGGUAAACCUAUACCAAAAGUACAAUGGUUUAAAGAACGUACACAAAUAAGCGAUGCAGAUUCUCAUUAUGUAACAUCGCAUGUACAUGGUGUAUGUACAUUAGAAAUUUCAUCAUGUGAAACAUCUGAUACUGCAAUGUAUCGUUGUUCUGCAGAAAAUCCAUUAGGCACUGAUGAAACAUCUUGCCUAUUGUAUGUCGAAGAAGUACGUCGAACACGACGAGCUCAUUCAACUCGUCCAGGAGAUGGUGAUACACAAGGACAUGUAGGUCGAACACGUUCACCAUCACCUUUACGUACAUCAGGCAGAGAUGAAAGCUGGCGCAAUAAAUUAGGUGCCGGUGAAAAACCUGCUCAACGUGAAGCACUCGACGUUGAAAAACCAAAACGUAAAGAACGUCGAGACCCACCAAAAUUUAUUGAUCAACUUGUUGAUAUUACUCUAUUCGAGGGUGCAAUAGCGAAAUUACGCUGUGAAGUCAAGGGUAAACCAACACCAAGAAUAAAAUGGUUAAAGAAUGGCAAGCCCUUGGCUACUGAAUCUCGAAUUGAACAUACAUACGAAGAUGAUAUAGCAACAUUAGUUAUUAAAAAAUUAAAUUUAGAAGAUAACGGAGAAUAUACUUGUCGAGCUAACAAUGAAGAAGGCUCGGAGUCAUCAAGUGCACAAAUUACUGUUAAAGCUCAUGUACGAACUGAAGAUGAAGAUGUUUAUACUGCAUCAAUGGCUCAAGAAGAGCAAGUUGCUGUUCAAGCUGAACCACAAGCAGCAAGUGUCGAUACUACUGCUUCGGUAACUGAAGUUGCUAGUGACACAGCUGCUAAAGUUGAAGAAAAACUUUCAUCAGAAGCUGUUGCUCCAGCACCUGAAACAACAAGUGUUUCAACAGAACCAACACCAGCUGAACCUGCAGCACCUGCUCCAGUAGCUGAACCAGUUCCUGCUGCUGAACCAGUACCAGAACCAACACCAGCACCAACACCAGCACCUGAACCUGAACCUGCUAAACCAGCUGCUGGUAAAACUACACCAGGUAAAAAACCAGCUGCUGAACCUGAAAAGAAACCAGUUGGAGCUGCUGCUUUGAAAAAACCAGAACCAGCUAAGAAACCGGAAGAAAAGAAAGAACCGGCUAAAAAACCUGAAGAAAAGAAAGAACCAGCUAAAAAAGUUGAAGAAAAGAAAGAACCAGCUAAAAAAGUUGAAGAGAAGAAAGAACCAGCAAAAAAGGUUGCUGAUGAUAAAACAAAAAAACCAGCUGCAGAUGAGAAGAAAAAGGCAGAAGAAAAACCGACAGCUGCUGCUCCUCCUGCUGUUGAAGAAGUAGCACCACCAGCUGAAGCCGACAAGAAAAAAGACGAGGUUGAAGUAAAGAAAAAAGAAGAAGAAGAAACACAAGAAAAACCAGCCGAAUCAAAAUUGAAAUUCGUUAAAUAUAUUAAAUCACAAAAUUUAAUGGAAGGUGAUUCACUUACGCUUGAAUGUGCUUGCAAUGGAACUGACGAUGACCUUGAAUUAUUAUGGCUACGAAAUAAUAAAGAAAUCCCUGAAAACCCAGAUUUUCGUCGUGAACGAACAGGAAAUACAUUUAAAUUAGUUGUUGCUGAAGUAUUUCCCGAAGAUUCAGGUGUAUUUUCAGCUCUAUUAAAAAAUAAAUCAACAAAUGAUCAACUACUUGCUUGUUGUUCAGUCAUUAUUCAAGCUCGAGAUGAAGAUCCACUUGAUCCUAACUUUGUUCAAUUUCCACAAAGUGCUACUUUAGAAGAAGGCGGUAAAGCUAAAUUUAAUUGUAAACUUUCCGGAUCAACACCAAUGACUGCUGAAUGGAAUUUUAAUGGUAAACCAUUGGAUCGUGAAUCAAGUCGAUUUGUAUUUACUAAUGGUGAAAAAGAAUUUUCACUUGAAAUUCCUGUUGUUUUGGCAACAGAUCAAGGUCAAUAUCAUGUCACUGUUUCAAAUGACAAAGGAGAAAUAACAGCUGCAUAUAGUUUACAUGCUGAACAAGCAUGA